UUAUAAAGGUUUCACGAUUUUUAUGGGUGUUUUAAAAUAGACAUAGACACUUGAAAUUACUAUCAUCACGUCUCAAAUCACCUAGAAUUCUUAGUAUUUUUCAAUUGCAAGAGCAAUUUGAAGUUUAUUCAUCUUAAUACUCCAGAAGUAAUGAUUCUACUGACUUUGUUAGACUGCUAUUAGAGGGGCCCAUCUUUCUGGAUGAGAAGUCUCUCCUGGAGCCAUAGAAGAGUUGAUGGCCUACCCCAUAGGUUGUUAACAGACUGUGAAGCAGUCUGUUGGAUCCUGUGGGGACAGGACACGGGGCAGUUCCCUUUCCCCUUUUUAUUGUGGUGUGGUGAUGGUUUUCAGUGUCUGCUACAGGUAAGGCGCUCAAUGUUGUUAACAUGCCCUUUUUCAUUGCCUCAGUAUUUUGAUAUUUUCAUUGGCUGUUAAACGUGGAAACUUUUUAACAUGCUUUGUCGCAUUUAUAUGCUACAGGUUACAAAGUGAGAGCCUUGUAUACACUUCAAUACUUAAAAAGUACCCGUACUCAGUACUCAGCCGGCAGCAUAAUGAAAAGUGGGACUAGACACGGUGUCCAUAUGGAGAGGAAAAAAUAUACAUAGAAUAUUUUAAACAAAAUGUAUUCAUUGUAUAAAUGGAAUCCUUCUGUAACUUUGGUAACUGCAUACUUGUUGUUUGGUAAUGAACCAGAGGAGGUAUAAUACUCUAGAAUUGUGUAACAUUAAAGUGUAAACUUUGUGUUUAAAGAGAGAGAACAUUUUAUGGUGUGUACUUUUAAAAAGGAAGCAAAGCUGCAUGCAACAGCUUGAAAAUGUAUAUUUAGGUAUUAAAGGUGCAAUACUGGUUACGAAAACCCCAGUUCUUCCCACUGGGGAGCUGCCUUUAUUUAAUCCUAGGAAAUACCCCUUCCCCCCAAAAAUAGCCACAAUUCAUAUUCCCUCUCCCCUCUGUAUAGUAUGUUUAUUACCAUAGUCUUAACUGGUAUGUCUAUAAAGUUGCACCCCCAGUCUGCUGAGCCUUGCUAUUUAUUGUAAAUUCUCCUUUCACAGUAACUGUUAAAUCUACUAGGGCCCGGGACUGUAUGGCUUUAUGCUGAAGAUUGGCUGGAUGCGUCCUCUGCUGUGUGUUGUAGACAUUUAAUGUGGUUGUCUCCUGCUUUAUUUUACUGUGACUUGUUAAGGAAGCCUAGGACCUCAUUUGGCUCCCUUGAGAGAGGUUGAGGGUGCACCUUUAUGAAUAUGGAAAGGUUCAUCACAGUAAUUGUCUCUGCCUUCUCAUUUCUACACCAACCUCCCCUGGUGUUGGGAUGAAUGUUUGGGAUCUAGGGGUUUUUUGUUUUGUUUUGUUUUGUUUUGUUUUCCUCUUCCUUAAUUUGCCAAGUAUUGCACUAUUAAUACCAGCCCCUGACAUGAAAGAAACCAACCACACUGGUGUGUACAAUCAGACAAGCAAGGUUGUAUAUUAAGGAAAUUUGAGCAAGCUGCCCUGAAGAAAGGCAUAGUGACAAGAUGAGAGAGAUGCAUUGUUUGGAGAUGUGUUUAGCCAGUGCCCUUCUUCCCCACGAGCCCUGCCAAGGCUCAGAGCGGUACUGGCUUUUAAAGGGAAAGGCCUUCAUUUCUUCGUUUAUCCCCCCAGCAGCGCUGGAGAGCGAGGUGGCUUCAAUAAGCCUGGUGGACCCAUGGAUGAAGGACCAGAUCUUGAUCUAGGCCUUCCUAUAGAUCCCGAUGAAGACUCUGACAACAGUGCAAUUUAUGUGCAAGGAUUAAAUGACAAUGUGACUCUGGAUGAUCUGGCAGACUUCUUCAAGCAGUGUGGGGUUGUCAAGAUGAACAAGAGAACUGGGCAACCUAUGAUCCAUAUCUACCUGGAUAAGGAGACAGGAAAGCCUAAAGGUGACGCCACAGUGUCCUAUGAAGAUCCGCCAACUGCCAAGGCUGCCGUGGAAUGGUUUGAUGGGAAAGACUUUCAAGGAAGCAAACUUAAAGUUUCUCUUGCCCGAAAGAAGCCUCCAAUGAACAGCAUGCGGGGUGGCAUGCCACCUCGUGAGGGCAGAGGGAUGCCACCACCACUUCGUGGAGGUCCUGGUGGCCCAGGAGGUCCUGGAGGACCCAUGGGUCGCAUGGGAGGCCGUGGAGGAGACAGAGGAGGCUUCCCCCCAAGAGGGCCCCGAGGUUCAAGAGGGAACCCCUCUGGGGGAGGAAAUGUCCAACACCGAGCUGGAGACUGGCAGUGUCCCAACCCGGGCUGUGGGAACCAGAACUUCGCCUGGAGAACAGAAUGCAACCAGUGUAAGGCCCCUAAGCCCGAGGGCUUCCUCCCGCCACCCUUCCCACCUCCGGGUGGUGAUCGAGGCCGAGGUGGCCCUGGUGGCAUGCGAGGAGGAAGAGGUGGACUUAUGGACCGUGGCGGUCCUGGAGGAAUGUUCAGAGGUGGCAGAGGUGGAGACAGAGGUGGCUUCCGAGGUGGCCGUGGCAUGGAUCGAGGUGGCUUUGGUGGUGGAAGACGAGGUGGUCCUGGGGGGCCUCCUGGACCUUUGAUGGAACAGAUGGGAGGAAGAAGAGGCGGACGUGGAGGACCUGGGAAAAUGGAUAAAGGCGAGCACCGUCAAGAACGCAGAGACCGGCCCUACUAGAGACCUGCAGAGCUGCAUUGACGACCAGAUUUAUUUUUUAAACCAGAAAAUGUUUUAAAUUUAUAAUUCCAUAUUUAUAAUGUUGGCCACAACAUUAUGAUUAUUCCUUGUCUGUACUUUAGUAUUUUCACCAUUUGUGAAGAAACAUUAAAACAAGUUAAAUGGUAGUGUGCUGAGUAUUGUUUU